AUGUACUGCACUACCUUACUGGAGGGGCUUUAUCAUGUAAUCAAGAAUCGAAAAGGCAUGAAACCGAGGCAAUCCUUUAACAUGACUUCUACAGCAUCUUUUGCGAUAAUAGCUAUAGUGGUUGUGCCCGUAAUCCUAUCAUCGGUAUACUACAAGCCUCAAUCCUGUUCUGAAGUCAAGCAAUAUCUAAAGCCUUCUGAGAGCGGUUACUUUACGUUAUAUGAUUCUGGUGGCAACUCAUUUAAAAGCUUCUGUGAUUUUCAGCCGAAACACUGGUUUACUUGGACUUUUCUUGAAUCGUUAAUAAUAAAGAUUGGCCAAUAUCAAGAGGUCGAGCCGAUAUGCAUGAUGCUGUAUCAUUAA